AUGGUGCAAGGCUCGCUGAAAAAGAAUGCUGGUGGUCAAAAGAAGGGACCCAGAAAAGUACAACAACCAAAGAAAGGAGCACGGACGAUUGCUCCCAAGCAAGCUACUCUUGUCAAGCAACGAAAGCUUCAAAAGCAAUUGACGGCCAAGAUCAACAACAAUAUCGAACGACAAAUGGCGGUCAAGGCGAAUGCGGUUGGAAAGUUGACUGUGAUGAAAAAGCUUGCCGAGAGUCAAGAUGCAUCGACAAAGAAGAAGGGCAAGAAAUAG